AUGUCGCGUGGAAGUGCAUUAAUUGAUUUUAAAAUUAAUUUUCAGGAUGUGCACCCUUUUCCUCUUUCUAGCCCGGCCAUUACCAGUUGUUCACGUAGGCACUGUGGACUUUAUGUUAGUCGCCGCCCGGCCAUUACCGGUCGUCCACGCAAGCACUGCGGACUUUCUGUUAGUCGUCGGUUGAUGAACCGUCCCGAGACGGAUUCGAAAGAGAGCACGUUCCACUAA